UGCAGCCCGCGGAUUGGCCCAGGCCGCGUCCUGCCGACGCAGGAACUUGAGCCGCCGGGGGUGGGGGGUAAGCGGGGUGGAUGGGCGCGCCCAUCUCGACGGCGUCCCCCACGCGCGCCCCGCCCCUCCCACACACCCCCGGAGCGGCCCAAUCGGGCGCGCGCGGGGGCGGGACCGCGGUGCCAACGCGCCUCUGGCAGGGCGCGGGCCGGGCGGACGCACGGCGCAGGGGGUCGCGGGGGCCGGCCCGCGCCUCUGCCCGCCCCUCGCUGCCCCCUCCCGCCCCGGAGGCGGGGCCUGGCCGCGGCGCCCCGCCCUCUCCCCGCCCGCGGGUUGGGCGGGGCGGCUGGGACCCGGGAGCGGGGCCGGGGGCGGGCCUGCGUCUGCUUCGCCCGAGCCCUGAGAGCGCCCGCACCGUGGCCGCCGACGCUGCCGCGGCCCCGGCUCCUCCAGCCUCCCCAACCCCUGGCCGCGCGGGCUUCCGGCGGCUCCCCCGGCGGGCGCGGCGUGAGGGCGCGCGAGGCAACGCGGGGUCGGCUGCACGCGCCCCCCCGCCCGCGCGCGGACCGGCCCAGCGCAGUCCCGGCGCGGGGAGCGCGGGCCGGGCGAGGCCGGCGGGACGGCGCGGGCGAUGCCGCUGUGACGGCCCCGCCAUGGGCGAAGCCCCCGGCGGCUGCGGCGGCGGCGGCGGCGUCGGAGGAGCUGAGCCAGGUGCCCGACGAGGAGCUGCUGCGCUGGAGCAAGGAGGAGCUGGCGCGGCGGCUGCGGCGCGCCGAGGGCGAGAAGGUGGGCCUCAUGCUGGAGCACGGCGGCCUGAUGCGCGACGUGAACCGGCGGCUGCAGCAGCACCUGCUGGAGAUCCGCGGCCUCAAGGACGUGAACCAGCGGCUGCAGGACGACAACCAGGAGCUGCGCGAGCUCUGCUGCUUCCUCGACGACGACCGGCAGAAGGGGCGCAAGCUGGCGCGCGAGUGGCAGCGUUUCGGGCGCCACGCGGCCGGCGCCGUGUGGCACGAGGUGGCCCGCUCGCAGCAGAAGCUGCGCGAGCUCGAGGCGCGCCAGGAGGCCCUGCUGCGGGAGAACCUGGAGCUCAAGGAGCUGGUGCUGCUGCUGGACGAGGAGCGCGCGGCGCUGGCGGCGGCGGGGAGCGCGGGCGGCGGGGGCAGCGGCGGCGCCGGCUCCCGCAGCUCCAUCGACAGCCAGGCCAGCCUGAGCGGGCCGUUGACGGGCGGCGCGGCGGGCGCGGGGGCCCGCGAUGUGGGCGACGGCAGCAGCACGUCCAGCGCGGGCAGCGGCGGCAGCCCCGACCACCACCACCACGGCCCGCCCCCGCUGCUGCCCCCGGGGCCGCCCAAGGCCCCCGACAACCAGGCCGGAGCCACGCACCGGUCCCUGGACGACCUGUCGGCGCCGCCGCACCACCGCAGCAUCCCCAACGGCUUGCACGAUUCCUCGUCCACCUACAUCAGGCAGCUGGAGAUGAAGGUGAGGCUGCUGGAGGGUGACAACAAGCUCUUCGCACAGCAGGCAGGCCCUGGAGAGUUCCGGACGCUGCGGAAGGGCUUCUCACCCUACCACUCGGAGUCCCAGCUCGCGUCCCUGCCGCCCUCCUACCAGGACACCCUGCAGAAUGGCCCGGCCUGCACCGAGCUGUCCUCGCCCCCCCCCACCAGCUACGGCCCCACAGGACAGAAGCCCGAGGCCGUCGUGCACGCCAUGAAGGUGCUGGAGGUGCACGAGAACCUGGACCGGCAGCUCCAGGACAGCUGCGAGGAGGACCUGAGCGAGAAGGAGAAGGCCAUCGUCCGCGAGAUGUGUAACGUGGUCUGGAGGAAACUGGGAGACGCCGCCAGCUCCAAGCCCUCCAUCCGGCAGCACCUGUCCGGGAACCAGUUCAAGGGGCCCUUGUAGGGCCGUUCCUCCUCUGCGGGCACAGACUGGCCCGGCUGUCCCGAGGGCAUGUGCACAGGCCCCAGGCCUGGCCAGGGCCUCCGGCCGGACUGCCAUUUCCUCUCUCUGUGGUGAACUGUACAUAGGACACUGCCCACCGCUGAGGCUGGGCUCCGGGGACCACCACCCCGACGGCCAGGCCUCCACCCCCGCCUCUGGCACCAGCAACCGGGAAGAGGAGGAGCCAGCGGCUGGAGGGCAGCACCGGCGAGCUCGCUUUCUCCCGCUCACGGGGGGCUGAAGCUGCUUCAGGGACGCCAGGCCUGGGACCCUCAGUGAUGGGCAUCUCGUCAAGACCCCACCUCUGGUCCUGAUGCGGGGGCGCCACUUCUCACCCUCCUGCCUGUGGCGGUGCCCAUUUCCCUGGGCACUGGGCCCACCGGGUUGUGGAUGGGGACAUCCGGCCGUGCCAUGGUGGGCUGGCGGCUGCCCCAAGGCCCUUCCUCUGACCCUCAUCGCUAGGAGCCCAGUGUCCCUCUCCCCCAGGGGCAAUGCCCAGCAGCCCUGACGCCAGCUGCUGCUUGUUUUUAGGGUCCAGGCCCUGGCACCACACACACCCUCACUCUGUGACGUUGCCCCCCCCCCAUGCCCACGCCAGGCCGUGCCUGUCUUCUUGGGUCUGUGCUGCCCAGCCCGCGAUGCCUCUCUCUGGGGUUUUUGUGACUGGCGGAAAUGUAGGAAGGCCCUGUGGAGAGUCUGUGCCAAGCUCUCCGGAUGGGCAGUGCUAGGCCCCACCAGGGCUCUCUCAGCCGUGGGCUUCUCCGGGGCCUGACUGCUCCCUGAGUCACUGUGCACAGAGCUGCAGGGGUCUCAGGUGACGAGUUCUGCCCUGCUUUGGAGGCAUGAGCCUGACCUGGUUCUGGCUCCAGUUUGCUGUGUGACCUUCAGCAAGUCACUUAGCCUCUCUGGGCUUCCUGUGGAAAAGGUCUCAGAGGUUCCUAUCCGUGCAGCUCACCGCUCCAGCUUCAGCGGCCUGUGUCCUAAGUGGGAUGCGUUUCCCGGACAGGAGGGCAAGCUGGUGCCGCUGAGGCCCCCGCUACGCUCUGGCUGCCCUGCUGUCUCCAGGCGGGGGACAGUCGCCUCCCCUCUGAGCCUCAGUGUCCUCAGCUCUGGGGCAGCAUAAAUCCCUCGUUGCAGGGCUCUGGGCGCCAAGGUAGUGACCAUGUAGAAAACUAAAGUGCCGUGAGUUUUUCCUAUUUGUGUGUGAGGAAGCUGAGGCCCAGAGGGAUAAGUUGAUUUGGUGGCACGUUACGAAUAGAACCUGGCCCUGUGGUGCCCAGCCAGGCCGUUUCCCUGCCAUGGUCUGCACUGUUCUGACAGCCUGGGGCCUUCAGCCUUGUUCUCAUGCCAUCAGCUUCCUGGCUCUUCCAGUGGUGCUCAGUUCCAGGCAAAGGAAGCCCUUGAAAAGCCCAAAGUCGGGCUCGGACCCCAGGAGGUCUUGUUCGGGUGGGGCCCGGGCUGGGGGAGAGGAGACGGCUUCCUGCUGCACUUGCCAGCCGCAUCGGGUUGUGGGUUCCAGGGAGAGGCUCCCAGCCUCCCACCCUCUUUCUCUUUCUGAGUUUGCUGUCUGGUCACCAGGGGUGUGCCCUUGAGGCUGGGUCUGGAACUUGGAGGGUCCUGCCUGGGUGGGCAGCUGGGCUGGGGAGCAGAGGCCCUUCUGGCUCUCAGAAGCCAAAGAACCACAGAGCAGCCCAAGGGGGUGUGGGUCCACUCUGGGUGGGGGCCAGGUCCGGGAGCCACUUUGUGUCAUGUUUGGGACAGGUUGGCUUGGCCACCCCUGAAAAUAAGCAAUAAGUAAGGGCUCCUGGUACCUGCAGACUGGCCCAAGAAGAAACAGGCUUCUGAGGGGCCUCCCGGGCCUGGGGGACAUGACUUUGUCCCCAAGGCUGGCCAGGGCUCAGGCAGAGCCUGCCCUGAGAUGGGGUGGCUCGUGGGGGUGGGGCCGCGGACCCUCCUUUGCUCCCCGCAGGUGCUGCCUUCAAGAAAGCCAGCAGUGGCUCCCUAAUUUCUCCUGCACCCCCUGGGACACUAGGCGGUAGCAGCCAGCCAAGAGCUGGGGUGGGAGUUCAGGCACGGCCUCACCAUGGGGUGGGGGCGGUGCUGGGAGGCCGACGCUCAGGGGCCAGUCCUGGCUCUGCCACUACCAGGGAGAGGGCGCAGGGUGACGCUGGGUGGCGCCCGCCUUCUCUGAGCCUCAGCUCUGACAGCGCAGGGUGGGGGUGCUGAACUAGGUGUCCUUUCAUAAAGGUCCCUCUCCGUUCCCAAGCCUCUGGUUCCAGAGCCUGGAGCCCUGUGCUCGUCAUCCUUUGGCCUCAGUUCCCACUGUGACGGGUGUCACCCCCCAGCCCCACCCCAGGUGGCCGUGUCCAUCCUGGAAGCGGAAUCUGCUGAGCAUAUAUUUUAGGGUGGCACAUUUUUAUCCAAAAGUUCUUAGCUAUAUGUGUUUAAAGAGAAAAAAGUGACCUUUCAUUUUUUUUUCUUGAAACUUGAGGGGAAACAAAACAUACUACUGAUUUUUUUUUUUUUUUUUUUUUAAAGAAGCAAACUAAAUGCAUGGCUGCAGAGCGGUAGAGGUGUAUAUUUUUCAUAACGUGGGAGAAGUAUUUGUGCUGCUUUCUGGGAAUGGCCGCCAGGCUGGCUGCCGUCCCGGGCCCUGGCGGCUGCGCUCUGUUUUCUGGAGAAUGUGACCCUAGAGCCGGGGCCAAGCCUGCCCACUGCCCGGCUCUGCAGGGGCCUGGAGGCCCCUUAGCCUCUUCUGCCCAUUUCUACCUUCCUUCCAACCACUUUGAUUUGGGGAGAGAAAAAGAAAUAGAACUUUUUGAUAGUGUGGUAAAAACAUUGAUUUGAACUAUUUUAGUAAAAGGAGUAAAAAGAUUGUGAUAGUGUAUACUUUGCGCUAGAUAAAUAAAGGCCUCUUUGGACGCCUC